UCUUUCAUUGUUUCAUUCUUUUUAUGUAUCGCGUUAGUUGAAGGCGGAGGUUAAUCUAGCCAAAAUGUCGAAGGUAUCUCGUGAUACCCUUUACGAGUGCGUAAAUGCCGUUUUACAAUCCUCCAAAGACAAGAAGCGUAACUUUUUGGAGACUGUUGAGCUCCAAAUCGGUCUGAAGAACUAUGACCCACAGAAGGACAAGCGUUUCUCCGGCACCGUCAAGCUAAAGUACAUUCCCAGGCCAAAGAUGCAAGUGUGUGUGUUGGGUGACCAGCAACAUUGUGACGAGGCGAAGACCCUCAGUGUACCCUGCAUGGAUGCCGAGGCUUUGAAAAAGCUUAACAAGAACAAGAAGCUUGUCAAGAAACUAGCAAAGAAGUACGAUGCCUUCCUUGCCUCAGAGUCUCUCAUCAAACAGAUCCCACGUCUCUUGGGACCCGGUCUCAACAAGGCUGGCAAGUUCCCUGGUCUCCUCUCCCACCAGGAGUCCAUGACGCAGAAGAUUGAUGAGGUUAAGGCCACCAUCAAGUUCCAGAUGAAGAAGGUACUUUGCCUUUCUGUAGCGGUUGGUCACGUAGACAUGAAUGCUGAUGAGCUCGCACAAAACGUCCAUUUGUCUAUUAACUUCUUAGUUUCUCUGCUCAAAAAGCACUGGCAGAAUGUGAGGUCGCUCCACAUGAAGUCAACUAUGGGACCACCCCAGAGAUUGUACUAAGUAUCUUAUAAUAAAUGUGACAUAACUAUCAA